GCAAAAGGCUCGCGCUUCCCUCCAAUUUCGCUCCGCGAAGACGAAAAAUAUACUCAUAGUCGCAGCGUCCCGGGCGGCGCGUGGCGUCCGACAACAACACACGCGGAGUGCCGUCGCGGACGCCGCUCGAGGAGCCAGGGAGCGCCCCGCGUACCGCGCUGCAGUAGCACUCGCCGCUCGAGGUUCUCCGAAGCAUCAUUUUUCGAGGGCAGACAUAGUCGACCGGGUGCGGCGUUCGGUCUGCGCGUGGAGCCGCAGAAGUCCAGGACCAGCCUGACGUCGAGGACACGCCUGCAGGUCCAGGACCCGCUCCACCCACCCACGCACACCACAUCACACGGGACAUGUCCGUGCUGGGAGCCACGGGGCUGCUCAUGGCAGCCCUGAUCCUGGCCGCCAUUCAGCACCUGUCAGCGCAGGGGCCCCGGCGCGCCGUCCGCCCGCUGCGUCGCUACAACGUGGUGGUGGCCGAGCCGCAGCCACACUUCAGGAGGCCCGCGCUCCGCAAAGCGUUCAACAGGGCCGCUCAGCAGCAGGCCUACGAGGCCCAGCAGCAACAGCAACAGCAACUCACGUUUCGGACGCAGCAGCCCGAGCCUCCACCCCAGCCCCAGGUGCAGCAGCUGGGGCCGCCAUCACGACCGCCACCACCGCCACCGCAGCUGCAGGCGCGGACGUUCGAGGUGCAGCAGCCCGAUCUAGAGCCGCCCCGGCAGCAACAGCCACAACAGCCUCAGCGACAACAACAACAGCAGCAGCCUCAGCGACAACAGCAGCCCCAACUGCAGAGGGGCUUAUCCUCUAUCACGUUCUACGUGUUCACCAGGAACUUCGUGCAGCCGGGCAUCCUCCAGGUCGGCGAUGAUAACAGCCUCCAGGCGUCCGGGUUCAAUGCGAGGAGGCCAACCAAAGUGCUGAUCCACGGCUUCGGCAGCAAUGUCAAUAGAACCAUGAUGACCACCAUCAAGGACGCUUACCUGUAUGCCAUGGACGUGAACGUUGUCUCGGUGGACUGGUCCCCGCUGUCGGCCGUGCCCUGGUACCCGACCGCACGCUCCAACGUGGACGUGGUGGGUGUCCAGCUGGCCGCGCUGCUGGACUGGCUCGCGACGCGCGGCGCCCUGCCGGAAUCGAUGCACCUCGUGGGGCACUCGCUGGGGGCCCACGUCGCCGGUGUGGCGGGCGCCAAUAUUCGCGCCGGCAAGGUCAACAGGAUCUCUGGGCUGGACCCCGCUCGGCCUGGGUUCCGCGAUGUGGAUUUGCAGCGACGCCUGGACUCCGGCGACGCUUUCCUGGUCGACGUCAUCCACACGACGGCUGGCUUCCUGGGCCUGGAGGAGCCCGUCGGACACAUCGACUUCUACCCAAACGGUGGCACGAUGAGCCAGCCAGGGUGCCUGCCUGACCUCGCAGGUAUAUGCAGCCACGAAAAGGCCUUCAGGAUCUUCCGGGACUCCAUCAGCGACGUGAACUUCUCGGCCGUGGGCUGCGACUCGGCCCGAGACGCUAUGCAGGGACGCUGCAGCGGCCGCGUGGGUGCAAUGGGCGAGCGAUGUGACACCACGCAGCCGGGGAUCUACUACGCCGCCACGCGCUAGGACCGGCCCCGGACCGGCCGGCAGGUCGUCCAGGUCGUCCAGUGUAGUGCCCCCGCGCACAGCGCAGUGCGUGGCGGGAGAGUUUGAAAUUAGCGUUCUUCUACUCAUUACCAUAACAUCACGAAAAAGGGUCGGAGAGGAGAGAACGAGGAAUAUGAUUCUGCAAAGAAUAUGGGCAAUUUAAUGCCGUACGUUGAAGUAGUGGGGUUAGGAAAGAAGGCUUUAAAGUUCUCACCGAAUCGUAGACCUUGUUCUUUCCUCUUCCAGAAAUUGUUUGGGUCGACCCACUUACAUAAUGGUUUUGAAUAGGGGAACGUUAAUGUCAAAGUGUCCCCUCCUCUCGCACGCUGUGCGUCCACAUGCGAACGCAAGUUCCACGGAUUCCCUGCUGAUUCGCACUAAACUGGACGACGUCAAGGACAGUCUGCCUCGGCCACGGCCCAUGAGAAGGACAGUCGUGCGAGCUCCACGCAUCGGCUCCAAGUCGGCUCCAAGUCGGCUCCACUUUAGCUUCAAGUCGGCUCCAAGACAGCUCGCUUCAGCUCCACGUCUGCUUCGCGUCAGCUCCGUGCCAGCUAACUUUAUGCUGUUGCCGCCGCGCCACUCCCCAUUUUCGCAGUUAAAAACUGUCAUAUGUGAUGUAUACAUUUUAAAAGUGUAGAGAGCUACUACCAAUGUCAGGUUCACGUAUCAGCCGCGUCCUGACGUGUCCUCUCGGUCGAAACAUCAUCGAUAAUGGUCACUUUGAGGCAUCAAUUUCCCGAAGUCCAAAAUAACAUCCUUUGGCCCGGGCGAAAACGGUCUUUCCAAGCAGGGUAUAUUUUAGGCGUGGCGCCGGCGCUGGAAACCGCGGACCGGCGGCGCAAGGAUGCGCUUCGGUGACAUUUUCAGCGCGUCAGUCCCGACUCGCCAGUAUCUUCGCAGAAACGUUCGCACGAUACGGGCGCUUAUUUCCGAUCACCGAUUAUUGAUGGGUUAAUUAUCGACGGAUGGGAAGGCGCGGCGUGGUUGCGCGCACCCUUUAGCGAUGUGACAGUACAAUUACAAACCGAGGAGCCUUCAGCGCUGAUAUUGUUGAGCACGCGCCCCGCGACCUUGGAGGCGCGAACAUCGGCUAGAGUAGUCGCUUGUGCGACUGCAUCAGCAACACAAAGUGACCCAGUGCUGAUAUUGAUAGCGAAGGAAAGAAAAACGUGAUUGAUGGAGAUGAUCGCCAGCAUUGCAAUGUAAUUGAUUUUGGCAAGACUCACGCGCGAGCCCCGCGUGCCACAACACGUGAGGGAUUAAGGUUUGAAAAUUGAGAAUUUCUAGAGUUGAAGAAAUGAAAUUGAAUUCUCAAAAUUUUCCUUGAUAAUUUACAUUAAUUGAAAAGACGGCGGCUAGCCUUUGGACAUGUUAUACUGCUCAUGUAUUUUUUGGCAUGAGUUCAUUUAAUUUGUAAAACAAAAAAGAAAGAUACAAAGCAACACAGUGAGCAGAGUAGUCGAAAAUGUUUUCGAAUUUCUUUAAAGUGCGAUAAUUCUGCAAACAUUGGUGCUGGAGCCUCGGCUGGAGCUGGUUUACUGUGUAAAUCGGCAACAGACGCAGUGACCACUUGUAACGCGGUGCGAAUCACCGGACGCCCUGGCCCGGCGACGGCGCGGAGUGUGGCACCGGCACGGACGCUGUGGCUUAAAUACUUGGUACCAUAAUUGAUCUCUUCCGCAAGUCAAACGACUGCUAUUCUUUUUGCGGAAACCAAUAUAAUAGGACGAUAACGUUGGGAUAGAAACUGCAUACUUUUAAAGAAAAUUCAAAAGUAACAGCAUGCUCUCGGCAUCGGCAUUUUUCUGCACACUGGAAAUGCAAGUGUGCGAAUGUCGCUCACCUGCAGGUGAGCGACGUUCCAUUCGUACACUUAAGGGGGUAAAGGUGUGAAUUUUUCCUAGAAAAUUCACACGUUUACCCCCCUAAGUGUACGAAUGGAAUGUCGCUCACCUACAGGUGAGCGACAUUCACACACUUGCAUUUCCAGUGCAAUUUCGCCGACAGCCACCGAAACAUAAUAACCAGCCAGCGAUCAUUGAAAUUCGACAAGUUCCAUCUUUGUGUUUCCAGUGGAGAAGCAGCGCGGAUAAAAUUAAUAUCCACUUACGUUUGAGUCAUGCUAGUUGACCUCGUGGUCAGACGACACAUGCCGUUCAAGUGGGUAGGUGUAAAGCUACGGCGUGUUAAAAGUACCCGCGCAGGCCGUGAAAAAGUAAUGCAGAUCCGACCGCCAACCUGUACUAGUUGCUCUGUUUCUUGUUGUUGGUUUUUCUUUGACAAGUCUAUAAUCUUUUGACGAGUAUCUUCUUACUUAAUAUCUGUCAUUACACACUGGUCAUUUUCGUCGAUUUGACUUGGCCCAUUUUUGGCACGUGAUUAUCAUUGACACCUUAUUUAAGGAUGAACACACCGAGAUGGGUUCUCUGUGCGAGAUCUAUCGUGUGUUUUUAUUUCGAGCCGCCUAACCACUCACUGCUGGUCGGCCAGCGGAUAAUGGCCACGCAGAGUGCACGCCAAAGUGAUGUACAAAGUGCUUUCGACUAUCAUCAUAUAGCUCAAUCCAAGCUCCUGGAAAAAACGAACCGCGUCUACUUCACAUUUGCACCAAUAAUAGGAAGUCGUUGGUGGAGAUUUUCUUAAGGUUUCUACAUACUCAAUCGUUAGAUGUAGAAGAGAACCUCGUAGCGAGGGGUCGUCAACAUCAACUGGCCGUGUAAGGCGUAAUAUUGGCAAUGUUUGUAAUAUCGGAGUAAUAUCGUAAUAUUUGUAGAAAUAUCAGUCAGUGUACCGAGGAAUAGAGUUGACGACCCCUCGCCUCAGAGGUUUUUUACGAAUCACUCACAGAGGGCGUUUAAAUGUCGUGUCGCGCACCCCACCAAGAUGUUUUUACUGCACCUUCCUAAGUACAAUAAAAUUAAUAACAUAAA